AUGAGCUACGGCAAUCCUGUGAAUAGGGUGACACGCUCAACACGUCACCUGUGGACUCGGACAAAAACACUACUGCGCAACAUCCGAGUCUUGCCGCCAAUCGCGCUUGGCCGCCGCUUCAAGCUCACUUCCCACUGGCAGUCCUCCCCCCUCCCCCCCUCCCCUGCCGACAGCUUCCCUACCCAAUGUCCUAUUGUCUUCGAAAAGCCACCCAGGCCACCCGUCGAUCCAGCCCACAACGCUAGCCGGCCAAUCAACCGUCUCCCGCCCGAGCUGUUGGCGCAGAUCUUUCUCCUGCACUCAGAGGAAUGUCCAUCAAACGACAUAUCAAGGGUCUCAUGCAGCCACGUCUGCUCUUCGUGGCGCCAGAUUGCGAUUGAGACGCCAACACUGUGGAGCAGAGUCAUCUUCACCUCUCAGUCAUGGAUGGAGCGCUGUCUUGAGCGCACCAAGUCUUCGCCACUGAGAGUGGAGGCAGAGCUUCUCAGCGAGAGGUCGGGCGCCGAGUUCGUUCUCUCGCGGGUUGCGGCGGUGCUGGCGAUGGCAGAGCGGAUAACGAAGAUCGAUCUGGCCUUUUACUGGAUGCGGACGCCACCGACGGAAAUUCUCCUUCACUUGUUAGUUGGGCCAUUUCCGGUGUUGAACAGCCUUUCAAUACGGGACUGCGACAAUCCCUGGCUGGCAGACUGGGCCGUGCUCAACGGAGGCUUUGUAUUCCCUUGUGGGAUUCAAGUUGAGGUAUACCCGCAACUUCGAGAACUCUCCAUCGGCAGAUACUCUCGAUUCUUCAAGUCAGCAAACCUCCCCGAGUUUUCCAAUUUGGUCUCUCUCCGAGUGGACGAGAUUUCGGUGUGGAGUAACACUUGGAAUAGUGUUGCCAACGCCCUAGACCCGAUGGUUGCACUGCAGGAGCUUUCUAUAGGGCAUCUUGCGCCAUAUGAUUCCACCCAGCACCCCCAAAAUGUCUGCUUGCCUAGUCUGUACCGCCUGAGUGUGGGUACCGGAGAACCAGCCAAUGCGACCAAGCUCCUACAUGCGCUGAAAAUCCCCCAGAUACGGGAAGUGGACAUCAAGCUUGAUACAGUGCCAGACACGAAGAUGCUGCUGUUGGCCAUCUUCAAGCUUGUCGGCCAGCCUCGUGCGAUGCGGAUCGAGCACAUCAACGGAAUCGACCCCAAUGUUCGUGGUGCAUUGCCAGCCCACUCACCAAUCCCUGGCCACUUCCAACAUGCCAUGCUUAGCUUGUCUUCCAGCGAUCUUGAAGGCGCAUGGGCGAGCCCCGAAUACCCUUAUGAUGUCUGCCUUUCCUGGGAAGAAUCGUCCCUUUCGGAGAGUGACAUGUGCAGCAUCGUUACUGCCGUACUCGAUACCGACACGGCCAUUAACAACAUUCAGUGGCUGGUGCUCGUCAAUUGGGGCUUGAGCCCAGAGCACUUCUGGUGCCGCUUUGCAAGCCACAUUCCGCACCUAAAGCGUCUCGCGAUCAUGGCAUUACCGCCUGCAGGCCUGCUAUGGGCGCUGCUGCAUGACAUGCAGGCAGACUGCACACUCCUAUCAGCGCUUCACACGAUCAGGCUGGACGAUGUCAACCUCGGCGCGGGUGGCUGGCUGGCAUCGCCAGGCGGCCCGGCGGGAACAAUUUCAUACUUCGAGCGCGACAAUGCGCGUUUCAUCGAGGUGCUCCUCUGCUAUGUGGGGACGCGCCGGCGGCAACAGCGCACACAACGGCACCAGCUACCCCCUGAGGAAAGGAGUGGGCUACCUCGGCUACGGCUGGAGGUUAUCAACUGCACCGGAUUCACUGUGCCUGAGGUGAAGCUUCUUCGCAUGCUUUCCGAACGGACAUUCUGGGAUGGUAAUGGCGCUAUCCGGGGGAGGUAUGGCAUGCACUGGGAUGAAGAGGGGGGUGCAACCAUAUACCACGAUUUGUUGAGUGGUGAGCAUGAGUAUGCUGGGAUUGCGGAUUGA